UGAUUGGUUGGCGCUGGGGCGGUGGGCGGUGGAAGAGCCUGGCGAGUCUGGGAUUCAAGCCGGUGCUGGGCUUUCUCCACCCAUACUAGGAGGCCGUGGGGGGCUGCAGAGGGCGGGGAGUCGACCCAGCGGAAACCUGGAUUUGGUUCUAAAAGCCGUGGGAUUGAGAAGGGGUGACCGGAAGUGAUUUUGGGACUGACCGGAAGCGAGGCCUGGAGGGGAAAGGGAGACUGGUUCCCGGGAGGGAGGGGAGUUUCCCGCAGAAAGGGGCGGGGGAAAAGGUGCGAAAGCGGCGUGGGCGCGCAGGUCUUGCAGUCUUGCCCCCGUUGGGUAGAAUCACACUGCUCGCCUUUGUACAAGAAACGGUGUCUCCUGGGGCAAGGAAGGAGCCAGGAUGGCCUGGGCUCUGAAGCUGCCUCUGGCCGAUGAGGUGAUUGAAUCCGGGCUGGUGCAGGACUUUGAUGCUAGUCUAUCCGGGAUCGGCCAGGAACUGGGUGCUGGUGCCUAUAGCAUGAGUGAUGUCCUAGCAUUGCCCAUUUUUAAGCAAGAAGAGUCAAGUUUGCCUCCAGAUAAUGAGAAUAAAAUCCUCCCUUUUCAAUACGUGCUUUGUGCUGCCACCUCUCCAGCAGUGAAACUCCAUGAUGAAACCCUGACAUAUCUCAAUCAAGGCCAGUCUUAUGAAAUCCGAAUGCUAGACAAUAGGAAACUUGGAGAACUUCCAGAAAUUAAUGGCAAGUUGGUGAAGAGUAUAUUCCGUGUCGUGUUCCAUGACAGACGGCUACAAUACACUGAACAUCAGCAGCUGGAGGGCUGGAGGUGGAACCGACCUGGAGAUAGAAUUCUUGACAUAGAUAUCCCAAUGUCUGUGGGUAUAAUCGAUCCUAGGGCUAAUCCAAACCAACUAAAUACAGUGGAGUUCCUGUGGGACCCUGCAAAGAGGACAUCUGUGUUUAUUCAGGUGCAUUGUAUUAGCACAGAGUUCACUAUGAGGAAACAUGGUGGAGAGAAGGGAGUGCCAUUUCGAGUACAAAUCGAUACCUUCAAGGAGAAUGAGAACGGGGAAUAUACUGAGCACUUACACUCAGCCAGCUGCCAGAUCAAAGUCUUCAAGCCCAAAGGUGCAGACAGAAAACAAAAAACAGAUAGGGAGAAAAUGGAGAAACGAACGCCUCAUGAGAAGGAGAAAUAUCAACCUUCCUAUGAGACAACUAUACUCACAGAGUGUUCUCCAUGGCCCGAGAUCACAUAUGUCAAUAAUUCCCCAUCACCUGGCUUCAACAGUUCCCAUAGCAGUUUUUCUCUUGGGGAAGGAAAUGGUUCACCAAAUCACCAGCCAGAGCCACCCCCUCCAGUCACAGAUAACCUCUUGCCAACAACCACACCUCAGGAGGCUCAGCAGUGGUUGCAUCGAAACCGUUUUUCCACGUUCACAAGGCUUUUUACAAACUUCUCAGGGGCAGAUUUAUUGAAACUAACUAGAGAUGAUGUGAUUCAAAUCUGUGGCCCUGCAGAUGGAAUCAGACUUUUUAAUGCAUUAAAAGGCCGGAUGGUGCGCCCAAGGCUAACCAUUUACGUUUGUCAGGAGUCCUUGCAGCUGAGGGAGCAGCAGCAACAGCAGCAGCAACAGCAGCAGAAGCACGAGGAUGGAGACUCAAACGGUACUUUCUUCGUUUACCAUGCCAUCUACCUAGAAGAACUGACAGCUGUUGAACUGACAGAAAAAAUUGCUCAGCUUUUCAGCAUUUCCCCUUGCCAGAUCAGCCAGAUCUACAAGCAGGGGCCAACAGGAAUCCACGUGCUCAUUAGUGAUGAGAUGAUACAGAACUUUCAGGAAGAAGCCUGUUUUAUUCUGGACACAAUGAAAGCAGAAACCAGUGAUAGCUAUCAUAUCAUACUGAAGUAGGUGUGGGGCAUUCCAUCCUCAGUGGCUGCUGCUGCUUUCACCUAUUGGGAACUCCCCUCUUGAAGGGGGUCGCAAAUGGAGCUUUGAAGGGCUGCAGGAACCUGACCCAUCUGACUGUGUCCAGGCCUUGGAGGCAGAAUCGCAGGCAUCUGUGUUGGCCCAGGCUCUUAGGGCACCCACAGAUUACUGCCCAACAUGCGUUUCUGCAGCUAUUUCUUAUUUAAAAUUUCUGGACCCUAUCGUUGUUGAAUAUCAAUAGAAACCACCUCAUUUAGGGUGUGCGUAGGGCAUAAUGAUGAUGAGGAUUGUGUGAUGUUUAAUGGAAAAGAUGUUAAAUUAAAUUUUUUGAUAUGGAGCCAUGUAAUUUUUUUUUCUAACAUAAAAGCAAACAUCUAUAUUCAUAAGACUAGAUCCUCAACCUUUUUUUGCCCCUGAAAACCUCAUUAAAGAGAAAUACGGAGAAAGAAGAAAAUUCUUCUUUGGAUUCCCCUGUAAUUCUAUGACUAAUAGUAACUUUAGGUAACAUUUAUUGCACAUUUAGUUGUGUCAGGCAGUGUGAUAAAUUCUUUAAAUGGAUUAUCUUGUUUAAAUCCUCUCACUAGCCCUAUAUGAAGUAGGUAAUAAUGAUCCCUAACUGAAGGUGAGGACAUGGAGACAUAGAGUGGCCGAGGAGCUUGCUGAGAAACAGGCAGCUAGCAGCUAGUGACACUGAAAUGCAAACCCAGGCCGUCUGGCUCUUAUUAACUGCCAUCCGUGACUGCCACCCUUGCAGUCCUCUGUGCUUGCCACCGUUUCUUACUGUGGCUCUUCUGGUGAAUUGGAUAUAACACUGAGCGAGAACUGAGGAAUUAACACCAAAAGGGACAAACCACACCUAAAUAAUGAUGAACAAAUCAAGACCUACAAAAAAAUGAAAACAGAGACACUUUCAAAGCAUCAUCAGUUAUCAGAUUCACAGAAUUUGAGGUGGUGAAAACUAGGGAUUAUCUGUAACUCCCCAAAUUCAUUGUUCUUGAAUGACCUUCUCAAACUAUUUAUUGAGUUAGACUAACCUCUGCUUUCUCUUUCCCCUCUCUGCAUCUUCUCUUGGUAUAGAAAGUUCUUUUACUCAUGUAGCGUUCUUUUAUAUAAGCUUUACAAGAAAUUCAUUCCCAUCCUGUUUGCAUUCUUACCAUAUACUUUAGUUCUUCCUGAUUGUGAUUGUGUGCUCUUGUGUGUGUGUGCAUGUGUAAGACUAUGGGUCUUUUUUCACAUGUAAAGUUUUAUCCAGAAAUCCCUCUACAUGUUAUGCUGAGGUGAAAAAUGAUAAUGUUCAGAAGAUUCUGUAUUAGAUUUGGAUCUGUGUGUGUAUUUUUAAAGCAUUUGAUAAAGUUUAAAUGUUUUUAUACAGAGAUUUUCGUUCAUUAAAAUCAACCUUCAACAUGG